AGUUUAAGUAUUUUACAAAUUGAUUGCAUCAUAGCACUAUAAGUAUGUCGAGAUAAAUCACUUUUGCAUCCAAUAAAGAAAAUUAGAGAUAUAUCCUUGACAAUAUGAUAAUGAUAUUCUAGAUAUUGACAAGGAUUUUAAUCUUCAAGAUUAAGAGCAAUGGCAGCUACAGAAACACUUUACUGAAUAAAAUAUUCUUAUGAAGGAUUACCAGGGUAAUCAUAUAUUUGCAAUUGUAAUUUAUCUAAUUAAACUUUUCUAAACUCCAAGUAUUCAGUAGGAUAAGUCUUUAUCGAUUCAUUGCACAGAGC